CUGAAAACAUAUACACAUUUAAAUAGGGACAUAUUAGAAAUGGGAACAAAAAUUUCCUAUGCUGUUUAUUCAAUCUUUUAUGUUAGCAUAGUUCUGCUACACAUAUUGAUUAUCAAUUCAAAAGCUGAAAUACCAACUGCAUAUUUCAAAAGACGUAAAAAUACAUGGAAAGAAGCAAGAAAUAGCUGCAAGCUGAUUGGUUUAUUUGAGAAAAUCCAGGUUUCUAAUAACAUGAAUGGACAAUAUGGAUGGGUAGAUGCAUCUGUAGAAUAUACACCUUGGGUUGAAUAUAAAAAAUGCUACCAUGUCAAACAGGAAGACAUAGCAAUAACCACAGUGGUUAGAUACGGAAAUCAAUUGCAGGACUGUUUGAUAUCUUGUCAAGCCUAUGCAUAUAUUGGUUUAAAGCCCUUGGUCAAUAUAAGCCCUCCAGCCUUCAGUACUUGGGCUGAUAAUACAUCUGCUAUGAAAAGUGCCAUGUAA